GUGAUAGAUAGAUGUUGUUGCUUUCUACCAAAAUUCAUCAUAAACAAUUAUAAAAAUUAAUUAAAUUUAUAUUAGUUUUAAAGUUGAAAAACAAAACAUCGUUAAGUUAUAGAAAUAUCUUUAACAAUUCCAAGCAAUUAAAAGAAAUGCGAAAAAAGGUUGGUCGACCGUCGAAAGGUGUAAAAAGCAAAUUAAAAGAUGCAUCGACACAAACCGAUAGAUACGUGGAAUAUAUGCCGUUGCCGAUUAUUAUUGAUAUAAAAUCAGAGAAUGAAUCUUCCGAUGAUGAUGUAUUUGAUGCACCGAAUGAAGUCGAAGCUGAAGUGUUUGAAUCCCUAAAAAUUGAAAUUGGUGAAAACAAUUUUGAUGAAUAUCAAGAACAUUCAGAGCCAUUGUCAUUGCAACGUCAACAUCAAUUACCGCCGCCCGUCGAGCAAUUAUAUUUCGAGGAGAAAUUCAUCGCUUUUGAUCAUAAUACUACGAAUGAAAGUGAACAAAAUAUGACCGUGGCCCCACAGGAAUCGAUGCGAAAAAGAAAACAACAAACAGAUCCACAAAAUGCGAAUGGUGUGAAAGCGAAAAAGUCAAAGAACGAACCGAAAAAACCGAAAACACCCAAAGAACGAAAAGAAACAAAAGUACGAAAAGAACGGAAAAAACGUCAACCAAAAGUCACCAAUACCACAUCGGAACCAUUGAAAUUGGUGGAAUGCAGUUUGUGUAAAUUCACAUGCAAGCGACCAUCGCAUUUGAAACGACAUAUGGUCGCGCACACUGGCGAACGGCCAUGGAAAUGUCAACAUUGUCCAAAACAAUUCGCGCAGAAAACCGAUCUCAAUCGACACCAGAGCAUCCAUUCGAUUCUCUAUGAAUUCCAUUGUGGUUCAUGCGGUCGCGGUUUUCCCGACGAAGCUACAUCCAAAAAACACGAAACCAAUUGCAAAACAAAACGGUAUUCAUGCGAACAAUGCACUUAUGUGACAUUCAGCAUUGGAAAUCUUGAAUUACAUAUGCGAAAACACACCGGUGAACGUCCAUUUGCUUGUGAUGUAUGCGAAAGACGAUUUACACGUGUUUCACAUUUAAAUCAACACGUUAAACUACAUGCGGAAGACUUUGAUUUGCAUUGUUCAAAUUGUGGACGUGGUUUUAUCGAUGAAAAUACCAUGGUUAAGCAUCAGAUUACGUGUAAAAAUCGACAAUUUGAAUGUCAUUUUUGUCAUGAUGCUCAAUAUCGCAUGGACAAUUUAAAACGUCACAUAAAAACAACACACAUGGGAUUCAAAGAGUAUAUGUGCGAAUAUUGUUCGAAAAAAUUUCCAGCCAAAAGCAGUCUUAACAAACAUAUCCAACGUCGUCACCAAGAUCGUUUACAGCCAUAGAAAUGACCAUCAAUUAAGCAGAGAAGAGGAAAACAAAACCGAUAUAAAGACCAAAUUGCAGGAUAAAUUUUUAACAAAUGUUGAACGAAUUUCAGUAUAUAAAAUAAAGAGCAUAUUAGAGGAAUUUA